AUGGCCAACAGUUAUGAUAUACCUAGCUGGGCUGGCAAACCGCCCACGGGGCUGCACUUGGACGUGCUUAAGGACGACAAACUGGUGCAAAAGCUAAUGGUGGAUGACAAACGAUGCUAUUUAUUUGGCCGCAAUAGCCAAAUGAAUGAUUUCUGCAUUGACCACGCCUCCUGCUCACGAGUGCAUGCCGCCUUUGUUUACCACAAGCAUCUAAACAUUGCUUACCUAGUGGAUCUGGGCUCAACCCAUGGCACAUUUAUUGGCACCCUGCGGUUGGAGGCACACAAGCCGACACAACUGCAGAUUAAUAGCACCUUUCAUUUUGGCGCAUCGACACGCAACUAUAUACUAAGAGAACGUCCGUCGGCCGGUGGUCAGCAUGCAAACAUCAUGGAGGAUCUGCCGUUGAGCGAAACAAGUGAUGGCGCUUUGCUGGGGCUGCCGGAGACCCAAACCGAAUUAGAUAAUCUGACAGAGUACAAUACGGCACACAAUCGACGCAUUUCGAUGCUUGGUAUUGCCGACGAUAACAAUCUGCGCAAGCAGAAUGCUUUGAAGCAGGGCCGCAAACGUCGCAAUGUUACCUUCAACGAUGAGGAGAUUAUCAUCAAUCCUGAAGACGUAGAUCCCAGUGUGGGACGAUUUCGGAAUCUAGUGCAGACAACUGUUGUACCUGCCAAACGCUCCCGUUACGAGCCCAAUCACAUGGGAUUGCACACGGGCAGCGGCAGUAGCUCAAAUGCAGCGAGCAUACUCUCAGCGAGUCACCAAAUGUUCCAGCAGAGCAUAGUCGAAAUGAAGCAUCAGCAACAACAACAUCAGCAACUGCAACAGCAGCACCAUCAACAGCAUCAGUUGCCUGCGAUUCCCCAUUCGCCAUUGUAUCAGGGAUUACCGGCUAGCAACAGCGAUGCGGGAAAUCAACUGAAAAACAAUGAAUUUGAACCCAUUUCACCGCUUGGAAUUAACUCCAAGUUAGGCUUAAUGCUGCCCAAUCCGGCACCCGACGUGACGCCUAUCUACGAGGAGCCACUUGAGCCUAGUUCAUCUAUAGCACAAAAAUUGGCCAUGGCCAAUGCGAAUGUGCGUCGCUUUGUGGACGAAGUGCAUGAUACUAGCGGCGAAAGUGACUCGAUGUGUCCACAAAAGAAGAAGUACGCCAAAGAAGCGUGGCCAGGACGUAAGCCGAUGCUUGGACAGCUCUAAAACCCCAUCAAUAGAAUGCAUUGAGUUUCCAGUGCAACAUAAAAGAAGCUGAUCAUCGGGGAGAUAAAACCUUGGACAAAUAGAAUGCUUUGCUUCCAAUUCCGCCUGUUGGAAUCCCUCAAUCCCGUCGUUUACAAAUUGAGCAAAUUGUAGUCAUAUUUCCCAGCAAAUAACAACAAUUUAUACAUUACAUUUUGCUUACAUUUUACAACUGUGCGGAUAGCGAGGGAACGGUAUCACAUCGCGUAUAUUCUUCACACCCGUCAACAGCUGCAGAUAUCGCUCGAAACCCAUGCCAAAUCCGCCUGUUGGCAAUCCGCCGUAUUUGCGCAACUCCACAUACCAACCCAAGCUCUUCGGCAGCUGUGGAUGCCUACUUAGGUGCUCAGCAUCAGGUUCGCGCAAACUUCCGCCGCACAGCUCACCCACCGAUGGCAUCAGCAGAUCCAGGGCAUGCACUAGUUGUGGAUUGCUGCGGCAAGUUUUCAUGUAGAAGGGUUUCUGUUGUGCCGGCCAAUCUAUAACGAACACUGGUGUGCCGCAGUGUGCAACUAGAAACAGUUCCUGCUCCUUGCUGAAACCCUCAUUGGGAGUGACAGCGCUUUUGAAGCUUUGUUUGUUGGCUAUAACCAAUGCGAGCGCCUCAUCGUAAGAUAACGUUUUCCACGGUACUUGUAACCAAGCCAGAUCCGUGCUAGCAUUGGCGCUCUGCUGACAGAAUUGCAGAUCAGCAGCGUUUGCAUUGAGCAGGCGAUUAGUAAUCUCCUUCAGCAUGCACUCUAUGAAGGAAGCCAGGGUUUCCAGCUGCUCCAUAUGCACCAGCUCUGCUUCGAACAUAUAAAACUCUGCUAAAUGCAAUGGUGAUUUGGAAUUCUCGGCACGAAAGGCAGGGGCCAAUGUAUAAGUAUUGCCCAGGCCGUAGGACAUGGCCUCCAAAUGUAGCUGGCCGGAGACGCUGAGGAAAACCUUUUGGUCAAAGUAGCUUUGGUCUGAUGGAAUAUUGGGUCGUGCCAUUUGUUUCAGCAGUGGCUCCGACUCUGG